ACGGCCUCACCACCGAGAGCGGAUUCUACUACUCGUUUUAUGAUGGCUUUGUCCGCGCGCCGUCGUGGUACGCUGCUUUCGAAUCAGUGCUGCAAGAUUCGAGGAGCGAGUAUCCCGAUGUCAUCAUUCCUCUCCAGCGCUUCAACAUCUGGCCUGAAGUCGUAUGUGCAGUCGCAUUUCGCGCGAUGGCCUACGUUUUCCUUUUUCUGUUUGAGUGGUCAUGGAACUUUGCCUUUUUGUCUCCUGUCGGUGGACACCGUACCCUUUUUGCCGUGCUCGCGUGGAUAGGCGAAUCCUCUUCCUCGCUUCUAGGAAUCAGAGUUGGCGACGCCGAGUGGGCAGACGCGCUCCUUAGCCCUUUGUUCGGGUCCAAGUUCGCGUCGACAUAUCCUGGCCCCGCUGCUUUCCUGCAGGCGGAGAUGUUCGAUGUAACUUUUGCAUCCUGGCAAUUUUUUCAAUUAAUUCUCUUUUCUCUUAAUGCUGCCGGCCACAUCGCC